AUGCGGUUGGACGUUAAGAGACAGCUUUUUGCUCGCUCGGAGCGGGUGAAGGGCAUUGAUUUCCACAGUACUGAACCAUGGAUCCUGACCACUCUAUACAACGGCCAUGCUCACAUUUGGUCGUACGAAACACAAUCGAUUAUCAAGACCUUCGAGCUUACAGAUGUUCCCGUUCGAGCGGGAAGGUUUAUUGAGAGGAAAAACUGGAUUGUAUGUGGUAGCGAUGACUUCCAGCUAAGAGUUGUGAACUGGAACACCAGUGAAAAGGUGAAAUCGUUCGAGGCUCACCCAGACUACAUACGUGCGAUUGUGGUUCAUCCAGUGCUCAGCGUUGUUUUGACAGCUUCCGAUGACAUGACAAUACGAAUGUUCGACUGGGACAAAGACUGGCGUUGCGUCCGGGAAUUCGUUGGGCAUCAACAUUAUGUGAUGGGGCUUUCGAUAAACCCAAAAGAUACCAACGUGUUCGCCUCUGCUUGUUUGGACCGGACCAUCAAAAUCUGGAGCAUCGACAAUCCGACAGCCAAACAAACUAUUGAGGCCCACGAGAAAGGUGUCAACCACAUCGACUACUACCCUCAUAGCGAUAAACCCUACCUCCUUAGCACCUCCGAUGAUAAGACCGUCAAAGUGUGGGACUACACGACGAAAGCUCUGAUUGCGACAUUAGAGGGACACACGAGCAACGUCAGCUUUGCAUGCUACCACCCCGAAUUACCAGUCAUAAUAUCUGGAUCAGAAGAUGGAACAAUCAAAAUAUGGCAUGCCAAUACCUAUAGGCUCGAGCAGUCGCUGAGCUAUGGAUUGGAGAGGGCAUGGUGUGUCUCAUACCAACGAGGAAAACAGGGCGUUGCUAUGGGUUUCGAUGACGGUGCUGUGGUUGUCAAAAUGGGUCGAGAAGAACCUGCUGUUUCCAUGGAUGGUACUGGUAAACUGGUCUGGGCACGACACAACGAAGUCGUGUCUGCAAUCGUCAAGGGCGGCGACGCUUCCAUCAAAGACGGGGGUCCCAUUGCCCUUCCCAGCAAAGAGAUGGGAACCACUGAAAUAUACCCCACAACACUGUCUCACUCCCCCAAUGGCAGAUUUGUGAGCGUCUGUGGCGAUGGGGAAUUUAUCAUCUAUACCGCGCUCGCCUGGCGAAAUCAAGCAUUCGGCUCAGCCCUCGACUUCGCCUGGGGUUCGCACCAAAAUCCCACAGAUUACGCCAUUCGAGAAUCAGCGACGAGCGUUAAACUCUUCAAAAAACUGAAGGAAAGCGGAAGCCUUGACGUUGGCUUUCAAGCAGAAGGUCUUAGCAGCGGCUUCCUCUUGGGUGUGAAAGGCCAAGGUGGGAUAGGAAUGUUCGACUGGGAGUCAGGAAGUCUCGUUCGGCGUAUUGAAGUUGAGCCGAGAGAAGUUUACUGGAGCGAAUCGGGAGAGCUCGUGGCACUCGCCUGCGCUGAUGCGACUUAUGUCCUUCGUUUCGACCGCGAAGCAUACCUCGAAGGUCUCAAUAAUGGCGACGCUGAUGAGGACGGAGUCGAGGCUGCGUUUUCUGUGGUCACUGACCUACAAGAAUCUGUGACAAGCGGCGAGUGGGUAGGAGAUGCGUUCCUUUUCACUACGAAUACCCGUUUGAGCUACCUUCUUGGUGAGCAAGUUGUGCACAUUGCACAAUUUGACCAACCAAUGUAUCUGCUGCGAUACCUGCAACGAGACGAACGUGUCUACCUUUGCGACAAGGAUGUCAAUGUCGUGAGCUACAGGCUGUCUACCGCAUUACUCUCCUACCAGACCCUCGUGCUCAGAGGAGAGGUCGAUGCUGCUCAGGAACUGCUAGCGGAGAUCCCAGAAGAUCAGAUGAACAAGAUUGCUAGAUUCCUUGAAGCUCAAGGACAUAAGGAACUCGCUCUGGAAGUGGCAACCGAUCCAGAACAUCGAUUCGAGUUAGCUCUUGGCCUGAAUAACCUUGCCGUGGCGUUGGAGAUCGCUCGAGAGUCAGACAUGCAAGCCAAAUGGUCAUCGGUAGCAGACAAGGCACUUGAACUAUGGGAUCUGAAGCUUGCGGAAGAAUGCUUCCUUCACGCCAAAGACCUAGGAAGCUUGCUACUUCUCCACACCAGCUCGGGCAAUUCAGAGGGUCUAUCUAAGUUAGCUCAGCAGGCGGAGGAGAUAGGCAGCAACAACGUGGCGUUUGCAAGCUUAUGGUCAACAGGAGACGUCCCAGCUGCGGUUGAGCUACUCAAACGUACCGGGCGAUCCAGCGAGGCGGUUCUAUUCAGCCAGACGUAUAAGCCCUCUUUGACAAAACAACUGGUUGUUGAGUGGAAGGAGAGUUUGGACCAGCAAGGUAAAGGUAAGGUCAGUCGCUUACUGGGCGUACCAGGAGAGGACGAAGACUUGUUUCCCGAGUGGGAAGAGUAUAUCAGGCUCGAGAAGGAAGUUGGCGCUGCUGAACCGAAAACAGCACUCAUCGACGUCGAUGGCGAUGAACCGCCAGCAACGAAUGGAACUGCAAAUGCUGAUGGGGAAGACCAAGCCGCAGCCUGA